AGGCUGCGCGCUCCCGCUCCGCCCGCGGGGGGAAAACGCGCUCCCGCUCCCUCCGUGCAGCGGGGCCAGGGGGCGGGCGGCUGCCUCCCUCCCUCCUGCCUCCCUCCCUCCCUCCUGCCUCCCUCCUCCUCCUCCUCCUCCUCCUCCUCGCCAGGCUCCCGCAUUGCACCGCCGCGCCGAGCCGAGCGCGGGGCUGGGGCUGGGGCUGCCCCGGCGGCCCCGGCUGGCGGGAUGAGCGCGGGCGAGGCCAAGGAGUACCUGGCCCGCAGGGAGAUCCCGCAGCUUUUCGAGAGCCUGUUGAAUGGAUUAAUGUGCUACAAGCCCGAUGACCCCGUUGAAUAUUUGGAAAGCUGUUUGCAGAAAGUGAAAGAGCUUGGAGGGCCAGAAAAAGUGAAAUGGGACACUUUUGUCAGCCCAGAAAAGAAGACUUUGCCUCCCCUCAAUGGAGGACAACCCAGGAGGUCUUUCCUCAGGAAUGUGCUGCCUGACAAUCCCAACUUCCCGUACCGGCGCUAUGACAGGCUGCCCCCCAUCCAGCAAUUCUCCAUCGAGAGCGACACCGACCUGUCCGAGACCGCCGAGCUGAUCGAGGAGUACGACGUGUUCGACCCCGCCAGACCUCGCCCCAAGAUCAUCCUUGUCAUAGGUGGCCCAGGGAGCGGCAAAGGCACGCAGAGUUUGAAAAUAGCCGAGCGUUACGGGUUCAGCUACAUCUCGGUGGGGGAACUGCUGAGGAAGAAGAUCCACAGCACCAGCAGCAACAGAAAGUGGAGCCUCAUCGCCAAAAUCAUUACCACGGGAGAGCUGGCCCCUCAGGAAACCACCAUCACUGAGAUAAAGCAGAGGUUAAUGCAGAUCCCUGAUGAAGAGGGGAUAGUGAUCGAUGGAUUUCCCAGAGAUGUUGCCCAGGCAAUCUCCUUUGAGGACCAAAUCUGCAGCCCGGAUUUGGUGGUGUUCCUGGCCUGUUCCAGUCAGAGGCUGAAGGAGAGGUUGCUGAGGCGGGCGGAGCAGCAGGGCAGACCCGAUGACAACCUGAAAGCCACCCAGAGGAGGCUGAUGAAUUUCAAGCAGAAUGCUGUCCCCCUGGUGAAAUACUUCCAGGAGAAAGGGCUCAUCAUCACGUUCGAUGCCGACAGAGACGAAGAGGAAGUGUUCUCUGACAUCAGCUCGGCAGUUGACAGCAAACUGUUUGCAAACAAAGAGGCUGCAGCAGGGCCAAAUGAACUCGACUGCAGCCUGAUUAUGGAUUCUGGAGAUGCUGUUUAUACUGAAUUUGACUUCGAGGACCAGGAGGAGGAUCAAUCAAGUUUCUCUGGUUAUGAGAGCACAGGAGACUUUUCAGAAGAGCUGAGGAAAUCAAACAUCAUUUUUGUUGUUGGUGGGCCCGGCUCUGGCAAAGGCAGCCAGUGCGAACAGCUGGCCAAGAAAUACGGGUUUUCUCACCUGUCCACCGCUGACCUUCUCCAGAAUGAGUUGUUGUCGUUAUCGGAGAGAAGUAAACUGAUCAAAGACAUCAUGGAAUGUGGUGAACCUGUGCCUGGUGGCAUUGUUCUGGAGCUGCUGAAGGAAGCCAUGGUUUCCAGGCUAGGGGACACCAAAGGAUUCCUGAUCGACGGGUACCCCCAAGAGCUGAGAGAUGCAGAAGAGUUUGAGAGCAAGGUUGGGGAGCCAAGGCUGGUGCUCUGCCUGGACUGCUGUGCACAGACCAUGAGCAGCCGCCUGCAGGUGAGGGACCAGAGCAAUCCCAACUCCAGCAGCGCCCAGGCCAUCCAGGAGGGGAUCCAGAGCUACUGCCGAGCAUCACAGCCCCUGAUUGCGUACUAUGAGAGCAAGGCACGGUUCUGCAAGGUUGAUGCAGAAGGAACACAGGAGGACGUUUUUCUGGAAAUCUGCAAGACAAUUGACUCUUUUCUGAGGAGGGAAGAGGCAGCAUUUUCAACAGAAGCGCAGUGAUGGUGUGUCCUGGUGUGCACUGGUGUG